AUGAGCUCGCCUUCGAUGUCAGUCAAGAGUAUCGUCGCUCGGCUGCUCGCUGGGUUUAGCCUCCGAAUGGAUGUCUCGUCAACAGUGGCUACCUGGCUCUCUCUCGCCGUUACGGUGGUAGGGCUGGGCUCCAUUGUCACCCAAUUCGGGACGAUCAUCGAUCAGACUGACCCCUUCCACACCCUGCGAGAUGUACAACACCUGGGCCGCUGGCGGUUCUGGCAGCCACAUGUACCAUGGUAUAGAGUCGUGAAGCCCCCUCUUGUCGGGCCUACCGUUCAUGUCAGUCGGCGGCCACUCGCGCAGCCAACAGGUAAGGCUGCAUGGUCUAUCCUGCUCAACGUCAUUCAUCCACCUUCUACCACCCUGGGACAGCCCUCCCAGACCGGCUCGUUAGUCUCUACCAAAAGCCCCGUCAAGACUGAGCACGUCGUGACCAUCUCGGGAGAACCGCCAGUCCAGCUGCCAACCUGGGAUAGCCUCCCUCGAGGCCCUCUCACCAAGCACAAGCUAACCGCUUGCACGGUCAUCUCUCGCGCAACUCUCAUGGCUCUAUUCACCGUAACCAAUGCUCGACCAGUGUUUCGACACAGCGGCGCAUCUGGCCAUCAAGCCGCAUACGCCUCCUACUGCGGACAAUGGUACGUCGAAUGGCCCAUUGGCGACGCCGCACACGUCCACUUCGCGGCACACGAUUCGCACACUCUGAACAAAGACGUCUACCCCCCGACCUUUGAAGUCCGCGUCGACCGUUGUCUGCGCAUGCUAGCCGGUGUCAUCGAAAGCCCCGCGUCCUCUGCACCAUUCAAAUGCGCCUUCCCCGGCCGCAAAGCAUCAGGCAGAUGGAUUCUCGAACACAUCGUGCGAGGCUUUGGCGGCGCCCACGGCAGCAGACACCUCUACAACAUGAUUGGAGGCAACGUCAAUGAAGUCGAUCUUCUAUUGAUGAAGCCCGUCACCGAGGACAAUAAUGACUACGACAUACCAGAGCUAGAAUCCAGUUCCACCACUCUCUCCCUCCCCAGUACCGAAUCCAACCCCCGCCACCAAUCCACUACCAUCACCACCCACUCCGUAACCCUACACAUCCCACCCCACGAAGCCACCAUCCUCAACACCUGCCUCGACUACCUCCCAUGGUCCUCCCUCUCAUGGUCCAUCCACCGCGGCCUCCGCGACAUCCUCCUCGCCUUCGCCAAACCUCGCAUGAACCACUACCGCGCCCAACUCGCCCAUACCCUCCGCACCACCGUCUCCACACACGCAGAGCAUCUCAUCGCCCGCGGCUGGGACCCCCAGUUCGUCCACAACGGCAGCAUGGCCGACCUAGCCGCGGGUGCCGUGUUAGCCGGGAGCGGCAAUUCCGGGGACGCGGUGCGCAUCGUCACGGAUAUAGCGGCAGUGUGGUAUGAGGGUCGGAUAAAAAGUGGUGAUGGGUUAGAUAGUAUAGUAUCAUUCGAUGAGACCAUGUUCUGGAGGGUUCCUCACCAGCCGGAGGAAGAAGUAGGUGGGGAGAGGGGAGAGCUAAGUUCCAUGGCUGUUGUGGCGCUAGUCAAGUUCUUUGUUCUGGAAUGGAGUGUGGAGUUGGAUUAUCAGAUGUAUCAUGAUUUGCCGUUGGAGUUGUAUUUGGGAUGAUAUCUUAUACACCUCCUUUUCUUGUUCUUUUCGUUCAUGUCCUAGAGGGUUUUGCGGUUAUUGAUAUCGUUAUUGGUGAAUUAUCGUGGUAAGAAAU